AUGUCUGCCGAAGGUCUGGACUGUGAGCGCGUGGGCCCCAUGCGAGAUGAAGGACGCGAGAGCUUGGAUCACUGCAAGCAGGCCUGCCGAGAAAAUCACUUCUGCAACCUCAUCAACUACCGCGAAAGCGCCCGGAACUGCGAUCUUCGCUACUGCUUGAACGCCUCAUCGCCGAUUCUGGGAGAUAACCCCGAUGUGGACGCCCAUGCUCUCAUUGAGUUCGACGACACAGAUGAGCUUCUGGACCCGACGCAUGAUGGCUACGUCAUGUUUGGGGCACCAGAUGCCGUGGGCGAAGGUGGCAUCGCCUAUGGUGGAUGCGCUGCAGGCCGGGAUGUUCCUACCGCAGGCGUAUGGAUCACCAUUCCUGAGACGCACCUGCCCAGGACCCGAACGCUGCGGUGGCAGGUGGCACAAA